ACACCAGAUAUCAUAUUAUCACUUAUCAACCAUCUAACAUCCAAAACACACUCACUCAUAACCGUCUUCCACCAACCACAACCACAACCACCACUACAAUGGCGUUACAAAUUCAUCACGUCUGCCGCCCUAUUUCACCGCCGUCACCGUCACCGCCGCCCUCGCUAUCACCGUCGUCAUGGCCGACUAAGCAAUCGAACAUCGUCGGAGAAGUUCGCCGGUCGUUCAAUCUAGUGAAAACGACGAGUAGUAAAACCGCCAACAAAUUGAGGAAUUUGACGGUGAGAUCGAGUUUGGAAGCCUCUGGUACGGCGGUGGUUGUCGGUGUGGUUACGGAGGUCGAUAAGGAUACGUUUUGGCCGAUCGUUAAUGCCGCCGGUGAUAAGACUGUUGUUCUCGAUAUGUACACUCAGUGGUGCGGUCCUUGCAAGAUAAUCGCGCCAAGGUUCCAAGAAUUGGCUGAGAAGAAUCUUGAUGUUGUAUUUCUAAAGCUUGACUGCAAUCAAGAAAAUAAGCCAUUGGCAAAGGAGCUAGGCAUAAAGGUGGUCCCUACCUUCAAGAUCCUUAAACAUGGUAAAAUUGUAAAAGAAGUUACUGGGGCUAAGUUUGAUAACUUGGUUGCAGCCAUGGAGGAAGUUAGAUCCAGUUAGACAAAACUUAAACCCAUCUGUCUAUAAGUACUAAUUUAUAUGUUUCAAAUUAAACUAUAAAUAACUAUCAACCAUGCUCAAGUGUUCGUUCUA